GAGGCAGUGCUGUUCACAUAUUAGAGGAAUAAAUGUAGCAGAAGAGCGUAUAACCUUGACGACAGAGAGACCGAACGUUUUGUUCAAGUGCAAGGGUUUUUUGUUUGUUUUUUAGUGAUGAGGUUUUUUUGCAAGUUUUCACUGCACUGAUACAAAAAAGGAUUUUUCACUUCGGAUUAUCUCUGGCAACGUGAUCCGACAUCCAUCUACCUCAGCAGGUUAAUAGCUCCUGUUGUGAAACUGCAAUCAGAUUCCAGACGGCACUCAUCAUCCCUCCAACAUGAGCGAUAACAGGGGCAGACACAGGCCCGAACUGAGGCGGAACCAGAGCCAUGGAGCUAGCCAGGCCCCCAACGUCAAGCCCAAACCCAGCCUGAAAGAGAAGAACAGCAAGGAGGGCCAGUGGAAGAAGGAGAAGACCGCAAGAGUCAGGCGAUCCAGGAGUAUCGACUCGGAGAGGGGUGAAAGAGGGAGGAGGAGAGAAAGGGAGAGGUACCAUGGGGAAUGGCGACAGCGAGGGAGGAGUGAGGAGGCGCGGAAACGAGACCGGAGAGAAGGGGAGCACCACCAGGGGAAGGUGAAGCCCCCCGAAGACGACGUGGAGGACACUGAGUGCGCUAUUUGCUUCUGCUCCUACGACAACAUCUUCAAGACCCCAAAGUUGCUGGUGUGCGGGCACACCUUCUGUCUUGAGUGCCUCGCCCGCAUCAACGUGAUAUCCCCCCAACUCAAGACUCUCUCCUGCCCUGUGUGCCGCGAGCUGACGGAGAUCCCACAUGGCCAGGACCUGCCUCGCCUGGGCAACAACGAGGACAUCAUAGGCAAACUCCCGCCCUACAUGCAGAGGGCACUGUCCAUCCGCUUCAAGCGCAGCAAGGGCAAACUGUUGCUGAAGAACCCUCCUCCCACCAGUACCACCAUGCCUCAUACCCUGGCCCUGCCUAAAAAGGGUCAGGAUAACCAGGUGACAGAGGGCGGUGACCUCCACCUGAGUGCAAUGGAGCAGGGUAUGGUGCAAACCACUGUGGUGGAUGUAGGCAGGCCUCCAAGCAGGGUGAGGGGUCGACUGCGCAGGUUGUUCCGCUCGGACCGGUGCUACUACGCCGUGGUGGCAGCCAUCAUCACCAUCACGGCGGCGCUCAUGCUGGUGGGGAUUCUGGCCUUUGUGAUCGUGCCGAACGUGAUCAUUCACCGGUUGCCUGCUCAUCCAGGGAACCAAUCAUACAGUACCACGGGAAGUGGAGGUGCACAUUGAAAGGGCAAUAGAGAUGAGACUAAAGUGAAGGGAGAGAAUAUCACAAAAAAAGCAUGUGAUUCUCAGUGAUCCUUUUGCGUCAAUCUUUCCCUCUUGGGGAGUUAUGGUGAAGGAAAUUCUAAGCACUGGAAAAUACUCGGGCUGGUUCACUUGCAGUGCAGUGAAGAAAUGAAGGAAAACAAGGACAGUGAUGUUUUUUAUCAAACAGGCUUUAAGUUGCACAUACAUACUGUACAUACUAUAUUUGGGUUAUUUUCUGAACAUGUUUGCAGUAACUGUGAAAGCCAGAAAUACUCUGUGUGUAAGGAAGCUGGUUAUAUAUGAUUGACAAGCUGUAAAUGUUGAAAUGCACUAAACUCUCUGAUGAAACGUCUGGGGCAAAUUUUGACUGUCGGGCUCAGCACAAUAAUCACUUCAGGGUUUCUAGCUCUUAUGAGUUUUGUUUAUAAAUAAGCCCAUUGUAAAUAACCAUAGAUCACUUAUAUAUUUGAUAUAUUUUCUCUUUUAAUUGAAUAAAGAAUUUACUUUAUUCAAGAUCAAAUAGCCUAAAGACUUUUUGGGGGGGGGAACUGAAAACUCAUUGCUCAGUAUUUCCAAAACAGAUGACAAUUCUGUUUCUAUAAAGUAAUCUGGAAUUUUAUUUUUAUUUUUAUGUUAAUGGAAUUAAACAAUGGCCAUCUUGCUCUUAA